AGUUCGGUGCAGAUCACAUUUGAAGAGGGAGCUCAGCUACCACAAGCAGCCAGUGUGAGCGACGUGACGUGCGAGGGCCAGUCGGAGCACAGCAUGGUGCUGCGCUGCGGUCUGUCAGCCGAAGCUGUGAAAUUCCCUGUCUCUGUUACUCAGCAGUCGCCGGCGGCUGUUUCCGUGGAUACCUAUCAUGUCACCUUGGCUCUGCUGCAGGCUCAGGUGGAGAUCCACCUCCAGGAGAUACAGAAUGAGGGUCUGCUGGUGUCGUGGGCAUUCAAGGACCGACCAGACCUGAACCUCUCGGUCCUUCCGAGACUUCAGCCUCACAAGAAUGAAGGGGGAGUGGAUCUGUGCACCAUAACGGAUCUGAUAGAGGAUACCAUUGUCAGCACGCAGCCAGCCAUGAUGGUGAAUCUGAAGGCCUGCACCCCCGGUGCCGCUGCGGUACCCAGCGAGAAGGUGCCACAAGAAGGGCCAUGCAGCGGGGCCGCCCCUCUGGGGUCGAAGCUGCUGCUCCGAAAUCUGCAAGUGCUGAACUUGGGCUGCACCGGCAAGGGAGGAGUUGGGGAAAUACACUGUGUGGCGGAGCUUGACAGCCCUCUGCAGCAGAAAUGCACCAAGCCCCUGCAAGCUGGUGGUGGUGGAGCUGCAGCAGAGAUGGAGUGGAACGAGGAGCUCGCUCUGGAGUUGGGGCCUAGAAGUAAAGAGCUGAAGCUGCGAGUGCUGGGGAGCAGUGGCAGAGGGGACGAUGUGCUGUUGGCACACGCUGCGCUCUUCCUGGACUCCUUGGGCAGACGGCCGUCUGGGAGGCAGGUCUGCUCGCUGGCGCCGGGAGCGGGGCAGUCGCUGGCAGCUGAAGCCACGAUUGCGCUGGAGGCUGAGGAGAGGGUGUCACCGAGUGACCUCGCGCCUCGCUUGCGGUUCCUGAGCGUCCCUCCCUUCGAGGGACACCCCGAUGAGGUGGCUUCUGGGCGCCUGGCCUCCCUG